AUGUCCAGGUUCACGAUGGAGGAGCUGGCUAGCUGCAGGGGCGCGGACGGGGGGCCGCUGCACAUCGCCGUCAGGGGCGACGUCUACGACGUGGGAUCCGCGAGGGACUUCUACGGCCCGGAUGGGCCAUAUCAUGCCUUUGCCGGCCGCGAGUGUUCAAGGGCUCUCGCCCUCAUGAAGGUCGAGGUUAAGGAAUGCAACGACAGGCUGGAGGACCUGGAUGAGAAGGCCAUGAAGGUGCUUGACGACUGGAUAAAAAAGUUCAACGCCAAGUACCCCAUUGUCGGGCAGGUCGUGAAGUGA